GAAGUACUCGGGUGGAUUGCUCUGUAAUCUGAACCUCGUGAUCUUUCUUGUUUACUGGUCAAACUCGUCAUCGGAGGUUACCCUGUGGAGGAAUGAUCGGAAGGAUUUAACCGCAAAGCAGAAACGAACCGGGGCAGAUCCGCUGGCACACACCGAGGAGAAGACAGCGACCGUUUGGCUAUGAGACAUCAGGAGCCAUGGCGGGUUGGCACCGGGUAAUCGCCCUCUCCAUCGGUUUGUUGUUGUUACUGUUGACGGCUCUGAGCAGCGGGAGACCGACGGAGAAAUGUCUCAGCGGCAAACCUUGUCGUUCACCGAGACCACCCGUCGUCCUCAUUCCGGGAGAUCUGGGAAACCAGCUGGAAGCAAAGCUGGAUAAACCCAGUGUGGUCCAUUACAUUUGCUACAAGAAAACGGACACCUUCUACACUCUGUGGCUCAAUCUGGAGCUGCUGGUCCCCAUCGCCAUCGACUGCUGGAUAGACAACAUCAGGUUGAUCUACAACAGCACCACACACACUUCCUCCGCCCCGCCAGGUGUGUUUGUCCGUGUCCCAGGCUUCGGAAAGACAUAUUCCCUGGAGUACCUGGACCCUGGCAAACGCAGCGUGGGCAUGUAUUUCUUCAGCAUAGUGCAGGCGAUGGUGGAGUGGGGUUACACCAGAGAUGAUGAUGUCAGAGGAGCGCCGUACGACUGGAGGAAAGCCCCCAAUGAGAAUAAAGAGUAUUUCCUGGCGCUGCAGCAGAUGAUCGAGGAGAUGGCGGAGAAGGCCGGUGGACCCGUGGUGCUCAUCGCUCACAGCAUGGGGAACAUGUACACCCUGUACUUUCUCAACCAGCAGCCGCAGGCCUGGAAAGACAAAUACAUCAAAGCUUUCGUCUGCCUGGGAGCGCCGUGGGCCGGCGUGGCCAAAACGCUCCGCGUCGUGACAUCUGGUGAUAAUAACCGCAUCUCGGUGAUCAGCUCGUUGAAGAUUCGCUCCCAGCAACGCACCGCCGUCUCCACCAACUGGCUGCUCCCCUACGCCCACUCUUGGCCCAAAGAUCAGGUUCUGGUCCAAACACCCACCACCAACUACACCGUGCAGGACUACGAGCGUCUCUACUCUGACAUUGGUUUCAGUGAAGGCUGGCUGAUGAGGAAGGAUACAGAGCCGCUGGUGUCAGACCUCAUGCCCCCUGGCGUGGCCGUCCACUGUCUUUAUGGCAGUGGCAUUCCAACUUCUGCGGCCUUCAAGUACUCCGACAAGUUCCCCGACGUGGAACCCGAUGUGGUGUACGGCGACGGGGACGGGACAGUGAACCUGCAGAGCGCCGUCCAGUGUAAACGCUGGGCGGGGAUGCAGAAACAGCCCGUCGCCAUUAAAGAGCUUCCGGGGAACGAACAUGUCAACAUGCUGACGAACGUCACAACCGUGGCUUACAUCAAGACCGUGCUGUUUUCCCCGUGAUGCCGGCAGGAAGAUGGUUUCAUUCCCAGACACACAAACAGUUUUAAAGUUGAAGAGCAACUUAACUCACCUGUUUCUCCAAACAAUGACUGCCAAAUAUUCUGUGUUCAUGCCACAAGGCUCAACAAAAAGUUUGUUAAUUUUUAAAUCAAGUUUGAAAUAGAUCAUAUUUAUGUCACCCUAAAGUCAGGAUGUUUACUGUUGAGCAAGACUAUACUGUUACUUUACAUCAGUGUGGGAUUUUACAAGAAAGAAACAACAAAUUCCACCUGCGUAAUCUUCACAUGCUUUGAUAACGUAUACAUAAACGAAAAAAAGCAGGGAUAUAAAUCAGUCAGAUGGUUUAUGAAUGUUGAGAUAGAUUUCUGAAAUAAUGUCAGAGAAAUGGUAAAGCACAUAUUGUAAUUAUAUUUCUCAAUACGAUAACAAAUUUAAACUUUUUUUUUCAAGCAGCCUAGUUCUUUUGCCUUCUGGUGAGAUUUUUGUUAAUUAUUUAAAUUUUUCACCCUCUUUUUGCAAGCUACCAGGCUGUGAGUCCAUGACGGUUGUCUUUAUUGUGGGGUCCACUAAAACCAUAUCUGGGAUUUGAUUUUAGAUUUGUCAAAGACCAAAGAUAAAAAUGUGUUAGAAACAAAGAAGUCUGCACUGAGUGCCAUUUAGAAACACUUGUUUCUGGCCGGUCUGGUCUCAUCAACCACAAACAACUCCUUUUUUUGGUCUAAGUUGCUGGUUCUGUAGAUGUUUGCUUUGAAUGGUGCCUUGAAAGGCUGGAAUUGCACAGGCUUGAAUGAGGAGACUGUUUAGUCCUUGACAUGGAUCUGAUUUCCUGGAUGUUUUAUCUGUAUUUUUUCUUCCUGUUAAGAAAGAUGUGAAAGGUUCAGUCUGUUGAAAAACUUGUCUCCUCUCAUUGUGGACAUGCUGCCAGACCCAUUCUGGCCUCUGAGGUUGUACUGUGCCAUGUGGCCCUCGCAGGGCCUGACCAAGACGAAAAACUCUCAAGUAUCACAUCUGCUGUGAAUUAUGAUAAAUGUGUCACUAAAAUGUGCUGCCUUCUAUAGAGUAAAACAUUUUAAAUAAUCCA